AUGCGCACUUUAAUUCUCGACAACGGCUCUUACACUAUCAAAGCCGGGUACGCAGACACUCAGGCGCCACAGCACUUUCCAAACACAAUCACUCGAACACGGCGCACCAAGCGUAUCCAAGUGGGCGACCUCUCAACCCACACAAGUGACCUCUCCGGGCUCUACUUCCGAUCACCCUUCGACCGCGGCCACUUGGUGCAUUGGGACGUGCAGCUGCCGAUCUGGGACCGACUACUUAGCAAUGACUGCCUCCAAUGCACACCCGCUGUGACCCAGUUAGUGAUGACCGAACCAAUGUUUAAUUUCUCACGGUGCCAGAAACAAACCGAUGAGAUUAUUUUUGAGGAAUACGGGUUUGCGUCUUUUGCACGGAUGCCUGCACCCAUAUUAUGUGCUGCGGCAGCAGCAGGAGAACAAGCGGAUGGUUGCGUGUUGGUAGUGGAUUUGGGUCAUACUUGUUCAUACGUGGUUCCUGUGUGCAAUGGUGUGGUGGUUCGUGGCGCAGUGCGUCGUGUGGAUAUUGGCGGCCGCAUGCUGACCAACUACCUCAAGGAAACCGUCUCCUUCCGCCACUGGGACAUGAUGGAUGAGUCCUUUAUUGUGGACUCGGUUAAGCGAAAAACCUGCUACGUCGCAUUGGAUUUUCACAAGCGGCUGGCCACCGCCCGCCUGCAGCAGCCAUUGCGUUACGUGCUUCCAGACUUUACACAUUCCAAGCAGGGCUUCAUUCACGGCGAUGAUCCCAAGGCCCUAGCGCUGAUGGAGAACCCACAGGUGUUGCCCCUGGGUAAUGAGCGGUUCGCCAUUCCCGAGGCAUUGUUUUUCCCACAGGAUGUCGGCCUCGAUGACCAAGGAGGCGUGCACCUGGCCAUAAUGCAGGCGGCGGAAGCGUGUGGCGAGGAUCUGAGGGGACUGAUGUUGGGAAAUAUUGUGCUGGUUGGCGGUACUGCGAGAUUGGACGGGCUGAGGGAGAGGGUGGAGAGGGAGGUGAGAGCAUUGGCUUUGGUUGAGGAUCACGUUGCUGUGACUGUGGGAUGUGCGGGCAGUGAUGACCCUGCAGAGUGUGCUUGGUGGGGUGGCGCGAGGGAAAUGAAUGAUUCAGAGAGAUUUGUUAAGAAAGAGUUGUAUGAGGAGUGGGGGCCGGAUAGGACCCUUCAAUAUUUUGAUAAAUUGGUUUGA